AUGAAACUGCUGAGCUUCCAGAAGGAAUUGUUCGGCGUGGUGAAGGAUCGGCGCUGUCUGGAGCUCAGCGCGUUCGAGCUGGUUCGGUUCUGCUGUCUGAAGGCGCAGAUGAAGCAGGCGGACCGCAUUCGCGCGAUGUUCAAAAUCCCCGAGAAAAAGUUCUGGGGACUGAAGAUAGGAGCGCUGGCGGAAGGGAGGUUCUGGGACGUGCUGUUUGCGUUCGCGAAUGAGAAGAAAAGUCCGGUGGGUUAUGUGCCGUUUGUGGAGGUCUGCAUGAAGUAUGAUAAUGUCGAGGAGGCGGCGCGGUAUUUGCCUAAAGUGGAGGUGGAGAAGGAGAAUCAGCGGUAG